AUGAAAUCAAUCCUCCCCCAAUUCCUGUCUCUGUACACCACCGCACUCACUGUUCUUAGCAAGCCCAUUCAGGCGCAGCAACACGUGCUCGGCGAGGACAUUAUGGCCCAACAAGGCAACAAGGUUCCCGGCAAUAACGAUGCCGUCUACGCCGUUGUGCCCGAGGAAGACCAGCUAUUCAAAGUCGAGUUCCUCGAGGUUGCUCCAACGCCAAUUCCUACGGACCGCCUUUUCUUCGUCUACCUGCGCGGUUUUAUCCCCGAGUCUAAAAAGACGGAGCUGGCCCUUGCCGACGGAGGCCUCGCGGGUGCGACCUUUGAAAUAGGUGCCUCGGUCGUCAACGAAGACGGCGGCCACGACGACAAAAAAUCCUAUACGUCUCCGUUGAAGACGACGUCGUUCAACAACAACGCACACAUCGCCAUUCGCGAUGCUCGCGGAAAUCCGGUCAACUACCUGCCUAGCAGCGGUGGUGGUGGCAUUUUAGUAGACUACUGGAUUCCUUCCAUGUUCAUGAAGAGUGGGACGUGGCUCUUUACGGUCGACGCCAGACUCGGAGGUGAAAAUAGUACGUGUCUGUUUGCUAUGUCAUUGACACAGUGGUUAGAAGGCAGGCUUUGA